AACACAAAUGUGCGAGAAUCCUAAGCAAGGCAACAUCGAGUAUUAUUAACCCAUGCAUGAUGCAGUGAUCUCACCUAGCGCAAUUGUUUUAGCUGAAAUCAAUACAUCAUGCAAGUGGGAAAAAUCCGAUAAUAAGAACGAGAUGAACAACAAUAUUCCGUGAUUCCCCCCCAUGCAAAUAUCUGCAGGUACAACAAAAAUAAGAUUCUUAUCAAAUAUUGUUGGGAGUAAAAGAUAAGAUUACCGUCCUCUGAUGGUAAUAUCGCGCAGGAGCAGAGGAAUUGGAAUAUAAACGUUGCCGGUAAUUUGUCGUGCACAGUUUUUUAUGACCUUCCGAACAACAAAUACACACUGGUGAUCGUGUCACUGGGUUUCCACCUCGCAGAACUUUGGGAAAAAAACAACAAACAACAUGGAUCUAAGCCGUUACGCAGACUACACUCCCACGGUUCGUCCGGCUGAGGAUUUCGACGCUACCGCCGAUGCCGAGGUUCUUCGCAAGGCGAUGAAGGGUUUCGGCACCGACGAACACGCAAUCAUCGACGUCUUGGCUCACAGAUCGAACGAGCAGAGGCAAGAGAUUGAUAGGACUUUCAAAACCAUGUACGGAAAGGAUUUGGUGCACGAUUUGAAAAGCGAAUCGAGCGGUCACUUCGAGGAUCUCCUUGUGGCUCUGAUGAGGCCAACGCCGGAUUUGUACGCGAAGGAAUUGCACGUCGCCAUCAGCGGUUUGGGAACCGACGAAGACUGCCUCAUCGAAAUGCUCUGCUCGUUGAACAAUUACGAAAUGAGCUUGGUCCGUGAAGCCUACGAAUCAAGGUACGGAAAGCAGUUGGAAGAUGACAUUAUUGGAGAUACCUCUGGUACCUUGAAGAGAUGCCUAGUUUCCUUGUGCAACGGGGCUAGAGAUGAAAGCGACGACGUUGACAUGGACGCUGCUCAUUCCGAUGCGCAAUCUCUCUUGGAAGCAGGUGAAUUGAUCCUCGGAACUGAUGAGUCCGCUUUCAAUAUGGUCUUCUGCCAACGCAAUUUGGAACAGUUGAAAGGUGUCUUCAAUCAAUACGAAAACAUCACCGGACACGACAUCGAGGAAGCCGUCGACUCGGAGUUCUCCGGUGACGCUAAGGAAUGUCUGUUGGCCAUCAUCAGGUCGACACGUAACCGUCCCGCCUUCUUCGCCAGGCGCAUCCACAAGGCCCUCAAGGGCUUGGGAACGAACGAUCGUCAGCUGAUCAGGUUGAUCGUCUCCAGGUGCGAGAUCGACAUGGAAGAAAUCAAAGCGCAUUAUCAUUCCAAGUACGAGAGGACCUUGAAGGAAGACAUCGAGGAUGACACUUCUGGACACUACAUGAAAUGCUUACUCGCUUUGAUUGGCGAAUAUUAAAUUCGUUACUAAAUAUAAUGUAUUUAUUUAAAAAUAACGCUAAUAAAAAUUUCAAAAAGA